UAGUAAAACUGAGUUAGUCACUUCAUUUUUCCCGGUCUGCCGGCUUGCGCGGGAGAUCAACAGGGAGUAGACGGGGAAAGGCUUACUUUAACUAAGGUCUAGAUCCCAAACUCUGCAUAUAAUGGCGGAAAAACCAAUGUGGGAACAAAUAGGAGCUGGCUUCGUACAGCACUACUACCAACAGUUUGAUAGCAACAGAGGGCUUUUGGCAGAUCUCUACACAGAGGCGUCCUGUUUAACAUGGGAAGGACAGGGGUUUCAAGGCAAGAAUGCCAUCAUGGAAAAAUUGACUAACCUGCCAUUCCAAAAAAUCCAGCACAGUAUAACCGCACAGGAUCACCAGCCAACCCCAGACAGUUGUGUUAUUAGCAUGGUGGUGGGGCAGCUUAAGGUGGACGAUGAUCCCGUGAUGGGAUUUCACCAACUGUUUCUUUUGAAAAAUAUUGACAACAAAUGGAUAUGCAGUAAUGAUAUGUUUCGAUUGGCCUUGCAUAACUUUGGCUAAACUAGUGGUUCCCAACUUGGGUCCUCAUAACAGUACAGACUUCUGUUUCACCCAGGGCCUUAAAACCGUAUGAGAACUGGCACCUCUGAGAAUAAUUUUUAGAGUGUGGUUAUUAUUAUUUGUCAGUCAGAAUUCAAUACACAUGAGUAUUAUAUGAGCCAGGUUUAAACAACAACUUGGGAGGUGGUGUUGGGUGGGUGAAUGAUAAACAGAAUAAAGUCACUGGAUUUACCACUAUACCUUGUUUUUGUAAUUUACUAUAAGGAUUCACUCAAAGAUAUGUUGUAAGCAUCUGCAAUAUAAAUGGAAAAUGUCACUGUAAAUGCCUCUGUCCUUGGU